AAUCCCGAUGAUUCGGCGUUACGGAAUAUGGAAUUGCACUUUGGUCGUCCGCUCAGGCUGACCAACAGGUGUUUGUGGACUCAUGUCAUGUGUCGUGACACCUAGCUAGUACGCGACGAAAGCCUGGCGAUGGCACAGAAAACCCUUGGAUAUGGCUCAUUGGUACAUCGCCCGCGGUGGACUCACAGUCAUAACGACAUCCUGCUAUUUCGGCCCGUUCUGUUAUGUAUGAAGAAGCCUCUGCGUGAGAAGUAGAACCGUGCGUACUUCAUACGUCUUGGACAACCUGGCCUUCGAUCUUCCCGGCACAUAAGGAGUGCUGAUGCAUACGGGCCGCGUACUCAUCCGUUGUACGCUACUCGGAAUUAUGCAGAUUCAGUAUAUCUACCCGUCUGAUCAUGCACCAAGGUCCACCAAUAUCAGCCUUCACAUCCGAGCUCAGUAUGGCGACAACUUCUAUCCUCGUUGCAGGCUCACCUGUAUUCUCAUUUCUUGUAGCCGCCGCUGCGGGGACAAUUGCCUGGCAGCUAUUUACCUAUGUUCGUAGGCGCAUCGCUCUCCUCGCCGUCAGCAAAAUCCCUGGUCCUGUCUCCCAGUCAUUUUGGAGUGGUAACCUGGUGCAAUUCACCAGUCGGGCCGGUGAGGCGUUCCAGCGGCACGUCGCUCUAGAUUAUGGGUCGGUCGUGAAGCUGCACGGCUUUUUCGGGGAACCGAUUCUCUACGUGGCUGAUCCUAAGGCGCUACAUGCGAUACUCAUCAAGGAAGAGUAUAUUUUCCAGGAAGCAAACGAGUUCGUUGGGAUCAACAAGAGCGUAUUCGGGACCUGUUUGAUCUCGACGAUCGGCCCGCACCACGGCAAGCAGCGCAAGCUGCUCAACCCUGUGUUCUCAGUCGCCCAUAUGCGCCAUAUGUUACCUCUGUUCUAUGAGCUGGGGAAUAAAUUCCGAGAAGCGAUCGGGUCACGCGUCAGCGACGGCCCUAAGGAACUCGACAUGACGGCCUGGCUCGGACGCGUUGCCCUGGAACUGUUAGGACAAGGUGCUCUGGGAUACUCCUUUGACCCGCUCGUGACGGACGAUCCAGAUGCGUAUGGCGAAGCUUUGAAGAGUCUGGGCCCAGAGCUGGACGGGCUGAUGUUCCUCCGCAAGUUUGCACAUCCUUCCGAGAUCCUCCCUAGUUGGCUUCGCCGCGCUCUCGUCAAUUUAUUCCCUCCCGGCACUCGCAUUCACACCUUGGUUCAGAUGGUUCAUAUCUUGGACAGCAGUACUAAGACGAUUUACGCGGACAAGAAACGCGCUUUCGAAAGGGGUGACACUGGUAUGACGAAAAACGCCGGACAGGGUAAAGACCUUAUGAGUAUACUCCUGCGGGCCAAUGCUGCGGCGGAUCCGAAGGAUCGACUUCCAGACGAGGAGGUGAUCUCGCAGAUGUCUAUGUUUAUCAUCGCUGGUUUGGACACGACAUCGAAUGCGCUCUCGCGCAUUCUGACUGUAUUGGCGGAUCAUCCCGACCGCCAGCAGGAACUCCGGCAAGAGCUCUUGGAUGCAAAUGCCGCCGUUGGGAUCUCAUACGACGAUUUGAACAAGCUGCCUUUCCUCGAUGCGGUCAUCCGGGAGACGCUGAGAGUCCAUCCUCCGGGCACGAUCCUAUUCCGAGUAGCUAAUAAAGACACUGUGCUUCCUCUAUCGGAGCCGAUUCAAAUCGCUGAUGGGAAGUUCAUGGACGCGAUCCCCGUUACGAAAGGCUCGCAGUACCUCGUCGGUUUCGCCGGUUCCAACAUGAGCAAGGCGAUGUGGGGCGAGGACGCGGCUGAGUGGAAACCAGAGCGCUGGCUGUCCCCUCUUCCGGCGGCAGUUACGGAUGCACGGAUCCCCGGGGUCUACUCAAACUUGAUGACGUUCUCCGGAGGCAAGCGCUCCUGCAUUGGCUUCAAGUUUUCCGAAAUGGAGAUGAAGGUCGUACUAUCCGUCCUCCUGUCGAAGUUCACCUUCGAGCCGAGCGGCAAGCCAAUCCAUUGGAACGUCGGCUUGGUCUAUUACCCCACGGUUGGUGAGGAGAGCAACAAACCGGAGCUGCCGCUGAAGGUUGGCUUGUAUCAGCCGUCGGUGGUGAACUGAUAGGGUCACGCGAGUAC